CUUCCUUCACUUCAUCUGCUUGAGCAUUCACUGCCACACAACCUAAUUCUUCCACCAGCCAUGGAUAAUUAUGGUUACGAAAGGGCCACGUUCAGGCGGUCUGCCUCUCGCUUAACCCUAGCGGCACAUUUGUUUGGCAUCUUAGCCAUCGUUCUUAUGCUCAUUUGGUUGUUGCAUUACCGAGGGGGCAUCGAGUAUGGUUCCUACAAUUCAGAUCGUGUUUUCAAUGCUCACCCAUUUUUUAUGUUCUGUGGGUUCGUCUUUCUCGCUGGUGAAGCGAUGAUGGCAUACAAGACAAUUAAAUCAGAGCACAAAGUGCAGAAAUUUUUUCAUGGGAUACUUCAUUUGACUGCCUUAUGUCUCGGAGUGGCUGGGAUAUGUGCGGUUUUCAAGUAUCAUGAUAUGGUGAAUGUAGAAGAUAUGUAUUCAUUGCAUUCAUGGAUUGGAUUGACCACUUUUGUCCUCUUUUGCUUACAGUGGCUUUUGGGGGUCUCUGCAUUUCUUUUUCCAUCUUCGGCCAUAACGAGGGCUAAGAUGCUUCCAUGGCAUAUCUGCGGGGGUAGAGCACUCUUAUACAUGGCAAUAUGCGCAGCUCUUACAGGAUUAAUCGAAAAAUUUACGUUCAUGAAACUUGCGCAUCAAAGAGAAGCUCGUUUGAUCAACUUUACUGGACUAUCAAUCCUCCUAUUCGGCAUUUUUGUUGAUCUUUCUGUUGCCCUUGCUCGUUAUGUGUGAUUACAUUGCAAUGUUUUUUCUGGUCUGGGAGUGAUUUUUUUCUUUGAUUGUCAUUAUUAUUAUUAUAUUUAUUUUUUCGUUUAGUGUGCUCGGUAUUAUAUUGUUGUAAUCUAAAUUGUUAUUAUUAUUUAUGGAGAAGCAUCUAAAGUGUAACAUAUUUUCAU